AUGGCCCGAAAAAGAGCUCGGAAAGGGACCAACUCUCAAACACCACUCCCCAGUGCAGUUGUAAAUGUGGCAGCAGUUCUUCCCACCCUGGAGCCUGAAAAGCUGCACAUAAAGAAACUGGUGCCCUCUCUUCUUCAGCAGCUCCACUCCCUCCAAAGACAUGUGCAGCGGGAGGCCAUAUUUCCAGGUUACAUGGAUGGAAAACUUGCAAAAAAAUCCAAUUAUAAAGCCCAGAUUCUAAAACGUGGAGGUACUACAAGAUCUCAGAAUAACCAAGAAGAAAACAAGAAAGCACUAAAGAAUGAAGUCAUGUUUACAGAUUCUGAUGAAUCCUUGAUAUUAAUAUGCAAAAAGUAUCCAAAAAGAAAAGUAAAAGGCACUGAUUUAGAGAAAGGCAAGAUAGGAAUGGAGGUCAAGGUAAAGAGUGACACUAGAAUACUAAAAAGACAAGAAUCCCAAAUAAAGAAGAGUGAAUCGGAUGUACCAAAAAGACAGGAAGCUCAAGCAAAAAAGAGUGAGUUGGGAGUACAAAAAGUACAGGAAGUCCAAGUAGAGAAGAGUGAGUCAGGUGAAUCAAAAAGACAGGAAGUCCAAGCAGAAAAGAGUGAGUCAGGUGAAUCAAAAAGACAGGAAGUUCAAAGAGAAAAGAGUAAGUCACGUGAAUCAAAAAGACAGGAAGCCCAAGCAGAAAAGAGUGAGUCAGGUGAAUCAAAAGGACAGGAAGUCCAAGUAGAAAAGAGUGAGUCAGGUGAAUCAAAAAGACAGGAAGUCCAAAGAGAAAAGAGUAAGUCACGUGAAUCAAAAAGACAGGAAGUCCAAAGAGAAAAGAGUAAGUCACAAUCAAAAAGACAGGAAGCCCAAGCAGAAAAGAGUGAGUCAGGUGAAUCACAAGGACAGGAAGCCCAAGCAGAAAAGAGUGAGUCAGGUGAAUCAAAAGGACAGGAAGUCCAAGCAGAAAAGAGUGAGUCAGGUGAAUCAAAAAGACAGGAAGUUCAAAGAGAAAAGAGUAAGUCACGUGAAUCAAAAAGACAGGAAGUUCAAAGAGAAAAGAGUAAGUCACGUGAAUCAAAAAGACAGGGAGCCCAAGCAGAAAAGAGUGAGUCAGGUGAAUCAAAAGGACAGGAAGCCCAAGCAGAAAAGAGUGGGUCAGGUGAAUCAAAAGGACAGGAAGUCCAAGCAGAAAAGAGUGGGUCAGGUGAAUCAAAGGGACAGGAAGUCCAAGCAGAAAAGAGUGGGUCAGGUGAAUCAAAAGGACAGGAAGUCCAAAGAGAAAAGAGUGAGUCACGUGAAUCAAAAGGACAGGAAGCCCAAAGAGAAAAGAGUGAGUCAAAUGAACCAAAAGGACAGGAAGACGAAACAGGGAUGAGCGAGGUAGAUAUAGCAAAAGAACAAGAAGCCAAAGAAGAGCAGAGCAGGGUGGAUGUAUCCAAAGGACAGGAAGCACAAAUAGAGAUAAGUGAAGCGGGUGAAUUGAAAGGACAGGAAGCCCACGUAAAGAAGAGUGAGGUGGAUGUACUGAAAGAACAGGAAGCCCAAGUCGAAAACAGUGAGGCAGGUGAAUCUAAAGGAGAGGAAGCCCAAAUAAACAAGAGUGAGUUAGAUGUCCCUAAAGGACAGAAAACUCAAGGAAGGAAGGGUUCUGAGGAUAAAGUAAAGAAAGACAAAGAAAAGGAGGGAGAUGCAGAGAAAAAUCAAGAUGAAGGAAAAGAUGCUGAAAACAAGAAACAUGAUGAGGAAAAGCCAAAGCUAAAGGAAAGGAAGAAUCAGAAAUCAAGAAAAAAACAAAAGUCCCAGUAAAGGGCAAAGGCAAGUAAAAGAAAGAAGUACAACAAAAAGGUAGAAGAGUAA